GCGGGGACUCGGGAAGCGGAGGAGCCAGAGCCUGGACGCGAUGAGAAGGUGACGCCGCCGGGGGGCGCCACUCGCCUUGUGGGGGAAGAUGCUCGCCUACUGCGUGCAAGAUGCCACGGUGGUGGACGUGGAGAAGCGGAGGAACCCAUCCAAGCACUAUGUCUACAUCAUCAAUGUGACCUGGUCUGACUCCACCUCCCAGACCAUCUACCGGAGGUACAGCAAGUUCUUUGACCUGCAGAUGCAGCUUCUGGAUAAAUUUCCCAUCGAAGGUGGUCAGAAGGACCCUAAGCAGAGGAUCAUCCCCUUCCUCCCAGGCAAGAUCCUUUUCCGGAGAAGCCACAUCCGGGACGUAGCUGUGAAGAGGCUGAAGCCCAUUGAUGAGUACUGCCGGGCACUUGUCCGGCUGCCUCCCCACAUUUCACAGUGUGAUGAGGUCUUUCGGUUCUUUGAGGCCCGACCAGAGGACGUCAACCCCCCAAAAGAGGACUAUGGCAGUUCCAAGAAGAAAUCAGUGUGGCUGUCCAGCUGGGCUGAGUCUCCCAAAAAGGACGUGACAGGUGCCGACACCAACGCCGAGCCCAUGAUCCUGGAACAGUACGUGGUGGUGUCCAACUAUAAGAAGCAGGAGAACUCAGAGCUGAGCCUCCAGGCCGGGGAGGUGGUGGAUGUCAUCGAGAAGAACGAAAGUGGCUGGUGGUUCGUGAGCACCUCUGAGGAGCAGGGCUGGGUCCCUGCCACCUACCUGGAGGCACAGAAUGGCACUCGAGACGACUCAGACAUCAACACCUCCAAGACUGGGGAAGUGUCCAAGAGACGCAAGGCCCAUCUGCGGCGCCUGGAUCGCCGGUGGACCCUGGGCGGGAUGGUCAACAGGCAGCACAGCCGAGAGGAGAAGUACGUUACUGUGCAGCCUUACACCAGCCAAAGCAAGGACGAGAUUGGCUUUGAGAAGGGCGUUACCGUGGAGGUGAUCCGGAAGAAUUUGGAGGGCUGGUGGUACAUCAGCUACCUGGGCAAAGAGGGCUGGGCACCAGCAUCCUACCUGAAGAAGGCCAAAGAUGACCUGCCGGCCCGGAAGAAGAAUCUGGCAGGCCCAGUGGAGAUCAUCGGGAACAUCAUGGAGAUCAGCAACCUGCUGAACAAGAAGACAUCUGGAGACAAGGACACUCCACCAGCUGAAGGCGAGGGUUCCGAGGUCCCCAUCGCCAAGAAGGAGAUCAGCCUGCCCAUCCUCUGCAAUGCCUCCAACGGCAGCGCCCUGGGCAUCCCCGAGAGGACUGUCUCCAGGCUGGCCCAGGGCUCUCCAGCCGUGGCCAGGAUUGCCCCUCAGAGGGCCCAGAUCAGCUCCCCAAACCUAAGGACAAGGCCCCCACCGCGCAGAGAAUCCAGCCUGGGGUUCCAACUACCGAAGCCACCAGAGCCCCCUUCUGUUGAAGUGGAGUACUACACCAUUGCCGAAUUCCAGUCAUGCAUUUCUGAUGGCAUCAGCUUUCGGGGCGGACAGAAGGCAGAGGUCAUUGAUAAGAACUCGGGCGGCUGGUGGUACGUGCAGAUCGGUGAGAAGGAGGGCUGGGCCCCCGCGUCCUACAUUGACAAGCGUAAGAAGCCCAACCUGAACCGCCGCACGAGCACACUGACCCGGCCCAAGGUACCCCCACCAGCUCCCCCCAGCAAGCCCAAGGAGGCCGAGGAGGGGCCGGCGGGUGCCAGCGAGAGCCAGGACUCCCCACGGAAGCUCAAGUACGAGGAGCCUGAGUAUGACAUCCCUGCCUUUGGCUUCGACUCUGAGCCAGAGCUGAGUGAGGAGCCCACGGAGGACAGCGGCUCGGGGGACAGGCGGCCCACCCAGCCCCACAAGCCCUCACCGGCCUCGUCACUGCAGCGGGCCCGCUUCAAGGUGGGCGAGUCUUCGGAGGACGUGGCCCUGGAAGAGGAGACCAUCUAUGAGAAUGAGGGCUUCCGGCCAUUUGCAGAGGAUGCCCUGUCAGCAAGAGGCUCCUCUGGGGACAGUGACUCCCCGGGUGGCUCCUUGCUGUCCCUUGCCAGGAAAAAUUCCCCCAAGUCUGGCUCCCCCAAGUCCUCGUCACUUCUAAAGCUCAAGGCAGAGAAGAAUGCCCAGGCCGAGCUGGGGAAGAACCACUCCUCAGCCUCCUUCUCCUCCUCCAUCACCAUCAACACCACCUGCUCCUCCUCCUCGUCCUCCUCCUCCUCGUCCUCCUUGUCCAAGAACAGUGGCGACCUGAAGCCCCGUUCUGCCUCGGACGCUGGCAUCCGCGGCACUCCUAAAGUUGGGGCACGGAAAGACGCUGACCUGAAAGCUGGCCUGUCCUCCUGUGCCCGGGCCAAGCCGUCAGUCCGGCCCAAGCCCUUCCUGAACCGAGCAGAGUCCCAGAGCCAGGAGAAGAUGGACAUCAGCACUUUACGGCGCCAGCUGAGGCCCACAGGCCAACUCCGGGGAGGCCUCAGGGGCUCCAAGAGUGAGGAUUCAGAGCUGCCCCCGAUCCUGGCUUUGGAGGGUCCCAGUGAGGGGGUGAGGAGGGGCUCAGCUGACCUCAUCACCCUCCCCAUUGCCACCCCGCCAUGUCCCACCAAGAAGGAGCGGGAAGGGCCGGCCACCUCCUACAUGACAUGCAGUGCCUACCAGAAGGUGCAGGACUCAGAGAUCAGCUUCCCCGCAGGCGUGGAGGUGCAAGUGCUUGAGAAGUUGGAAAGUGGAUGGUGGUACGUGAGGUUUGGGGAGCUGGAGGGCUGGGCCCCUUCCCACUAUCUGGUGCUUGGUGAGAACGAGCAACCUGAGCCCUCUGGCAACGAGUCAGACACAGUAACCACCAAGAGCAAGCAGAACGAGGGCAAGUCAGACAGCUUGGAAAAGAUCGAGAAGCGGGUCCAGGCGCUGAACACCGUCAACCAGAGCAAGAGGACCACGCCGCCCAUCCCCUCCAAGCCACCCGGGAGCUUCGGCAAGACCUCUGGUGCCGGGGCCGUGAAGAUGCGGAAUGGCGUGCGGCAAGCAGCGGUGAGGCCUCAGUCAGUGUUCGUCUCCCCACCGCCCAAGGACAACAACCUGUCCUGUGCCCUGCGGCGGAAUGAGUCCCUCACGGCCACUGACAGCCUCCGAGGUGUCCGCCGGAACUCCUCCUUCAGCACCGCCCGCUCAGCUGCCGCAGAGGCCAAGGGCCGCCUUGCCGAGCGGGCUGCCAGCCAGGGCUCAGAUACACCACUGCUGCCCACCCAGCGCAACGGCAUCCCCCUGUCCCCCGUGCGCCCCAAACCCAUCGAGAAGUCCCAGUUCAUCCAUAACAACCUCAAAGACGUGUACAUCUCUAUUGCAGACUACGAGGGGGAUGAGGAGACAGCAGGCUUCCAGGAGGGAGUGUCCAUGGAGGUUCUGGAGAGGAACCCCAAUGGCUGGUGGUACUGCCAGAUCCUGGAUGGGGUGAAGCCCUUCAAAGGCUGGGUACCUUCCAACUACCUUGAGAAAAAGAACUGAGGGCCUCAGUGCACUGCUGUAGCCACCCCGGUGGGUGAGCAGUGCAACAAAAGGGGAAGCGGGGCGGGGGGGACAACAUUAA